AUGCCUCCCCAUGCCUUCCUUCCCAUUCAAGAGGGCACCCCUGCAUCGUCGAUCAAGAUGAGAGCCAAAUGGAGAAAGAAGCGGGUUCGCCGCCUUAAGCGCAAGAGAAGAAAGAUGAGAGCUAGAUCCAAAUAA